AUGCGAUACCAGCAUCCUGAUCUACAGGAGAUCACAACAUUUCUUCAGGACUUCGGAAUGUCUGUGGUCAAGCAGACAGACGAUGAGGUUUGGUAUAGAGGGUACGGUGUAGACCAAUAUGUCUACUAUGCCAAGAAAGGAGCAAAGAAAUUCCUAGGUGGAGCGUUUGAGGUUGAAUCUUACCAAGAUCUUGAAAGAGCGACUCAACUUCCCACUGCUGGGAAAACCGAGGAAAUUGCGAGUGCUCCUGGCGGAGGUUACAUGGUGACCUUGACCGACCCCGAGGGUUUUCCGAUGAACUUGAUCUUCGGGCAAACACCGGCCUCUGCUGGCCCUUAUCCCGAUAUUCUUGAAGUCAACUAUGAGAUUGAGAAGCCACGCGUCCGACGAUUCCAGAGGUUUGAACCGGGACCAGCUGCAGUACAUAAGCUCGGUCAUUACGGUGUAUGCACCACAGACUUUGAGUCCCUGGUCAAAUUUUACACAACGAAUUUCAACAUCGUCCCAACAGACUUCCUCUACGUCGAGGUGGAAGGGAAGAAAAAAAACGUUGCUCUGUUUGCCCAUAUCGACAGAGGCAGCGACCACGUUGACCAUCAUUCUUUCUUCAUGAGCUCGAAUCCAACGAGUCACGUCCACCACUGCUCCUUCGAGGUCCACGACUUCGACACACAGAAACUCGGCCAUCAGUGGCUCGCCAAGAAGGACUACAAGUCUGUCUGGGGAGUUGGUAGGCACAUUCUUGGGUCGCAAAUCUUUGAUUAUUGGUGGGAUACAACCGGAAACAUGAUUGAGCAUUACGCAGACGGGGAUUUGGUGAAUGAUCAGACUCCCAUUGGAUAUGGACCAGCGGGCCAUGAAUCUUUGGCGGUCUGGGGUCCUGAGGUCCCAUCGUGGUUCUUGCAGUGA